CACCGACCUUCCUUUCAUUCCCGUAAUCCGUCUGCGCAGGGUGUGCUCCGGAGCUAAGUCUCGGCACACAUUUUAUUAUUAUGAAACAAACCAAAAGCUAGAGCGCACACGCAGACAUAUUUUUAUAAGAAAAGAAAAAAAACAAAAAGAAAACAACAUAAAAAUCGGUGAAGCAGGACUUUGAUUCGACAACAAGAAAAAAAAAAACGGAAAAAAAAACCCAAAUAGCAACGCGCAGAAGAAGGAGCGGACCGGGCGGCACGUUGAGCAGCUAGCGGCAUCGUCGGACGCGUGUGUGAGAGCAGCUUCCGCCAGUUAACAUUGUUGAACCAUUUGUAUAUCUUCCCUUCUCCAGGGCUUUGCUACUCAUUGUUAACCGGGCCGUUCGUGUCGCCGGUCGCUCACACAGUCGUCCCCGUGAAGGUGCGCGAGCCGCGUCGAUUAGGCCCCGCGCCGACAUCUUGCUAAUCGAGCUAACUAGCCCACGUUGCUAACCGGUGGAGCGAGCUAGCGCUAGCGCCCGCGCAGCUAACGCACGGAGGAGAGCGGAGCGAGGAAUCGGCCAGUCCGCGGAGAAAGAGCGGGCCGGAGCCCACACUCGUCCCCUCGAGACACGCGCGUCGUCCAGACAUGAAUCCCAGCGCGCCCAGCUACCCCAUGGCCUCGCUGUACGUGGGCGACCUGCACCCGGACGUCACCGAGGCCAUGCUGUACGAGAAGUUCAGCCCGGCCGGACCCAUCCUGUCCAUCAGGGUCUGCAGGGACAUGAUCACCCGCCGGUCCCUCGGCUACGCCUACGUCAACUUCCAGCAGCCGGCAGACGCCGAGCGAGCCCUGGACACCAUGAACUUCGAUGUGAUUAAAGGCAGACCACUCCGCAUCAUGUGGUCUCAGCGUGAUCCCUCGCUGAGGAAGAGUGGAGUCGGCAACAUCUUCAUCAAGAACCUGGACAAGUCCAUUGACAACAAGGCGCUCUACGACACAUUCUCUGCGUUUGGAAACAUCCUGUCCUGCAAGGUGGUUUGUGAUGAAAAUGGCUCAAAGGGUUACGGCUUUGUGCACUUUGAGACCCACGAGGCUGCUGAACGGGCCAUUGAGAAAAUGAAUGGCAUGUUGCUCAAUGACAGAAAAGUAUUUGUUGGACGCUUCAAAUCACGCAAAGAGCGGGAGGCUGAGCUUGGGGCACGUGCCAGAGAGUUUACCAAUGUUUACAUCAAGAACUUUGGUGAGGAUAUGGACGACGAGAAGCUGAAGGAGUUAUUUGGCAGAUAUGGGCCUGCACUCAGCAUCCGGGUCAUGACUGACGAGAGUGGCAAAUCCAAGGGAUUUGGCUUUGUUAGCUUCGAGAGACACGAAGAUGCACAGAAGGCCGUGGACGACAUGAACGGUAAAGACAUGAACGGCAGGCAGGUGUACGUGGGCCGCGCACAGAAGAAAGGGGAACGGCAGAACGAGCUGAAGCGCAAAUUUGAGCAGAUGAAACAAGAUCGCAUGACCAGAUACCAGGGUGUCAAUCUGUACGUGAAAAACCUGGAUGAUGGUCUGGAUGACGAGCGUCUGCGUAAAGAAUUCUCUCCAUUUGGAACCAUAACAAGUGCUAAGGUGAUGAUGGAGGGUGGUCGCAGCAAAGGCUUCGGCUUUGUGUGCUUCUCUUCCCCAGAAGAGGCCACUAAGGCUGUGACGGAGAUGAAUGGGCGUAUUGUUGCUACCAAGCCGCUGUAUGUGGCCCUGGCCCAACGCAAGGAGGAGCGCCAGGCCCAUCUAACCAAUCAGUACAUGCAGAGGAUGGCCACUGUUCGCGCUGUGCCCAACCCUGUCCUCAACCCGUACCAGCCUGCCCCACCCUCAGGCUAUUUCAUGGCAGCUAUACCUCAGGCCCAGAACCGCGCCGCUUACUACUCAGCCAACCAGCUGGCACAGCUCCGCCCGAGCCCCCGAUGGGCCACGCAAGGAGUGCGUCCUCAACACUUCCAGAACAUGCCCAAUGCCAUGCGCCCCUCAGCUCCCAGGCCCCAGGCGUUCAACACCAUCCGUCCCACCGCGACCGCCAACACCCAGGUGCCACGCAUGAUGGCUUCCCAGCGUAUGCCUACCCAGGCCCUCAACCAGCGUCCUACCAGUGCUUCAGCCACCGCAGCCCCAGUGCGUGCCAUGCCCCAGUACAAAUAUGCUGCUGGUGUGCGCAACCCUCAGCAGCACAUGGCCUCCCAGCCACAGGUCCCGAUGCAGCAGCCUGCUGUCCAUGUCCAAGGACAGGAGCCCCUGACUGCCUCCAUGCUGGCUGCUGCCCCUCCUCAGGAACAGAAGCAGAUGCUGGGUGAGCGUCUGUUCCCCCUGAUCCAGAACAUGCACCCCAGCCUGGCGGGUAAGAUCACGGGUAUGCUCCUGGAGAUCGACAACUCGGAGCUCCUUCACAUGCUCGAGUCCCCCGAGUCCCUGCGCUCAAAGGUGGAUGAGGCUGUCGCUGUGCUUCAGGCCCACCAGGCCAAGGAGGCCGCUCAGAAGUCCACCACUCCUGCUGGGGUUCCCAGUGUCUAAGAGAGAGCGUUUUGAAACCUGCUUCACCGAUGGGAAAAAGAGAAAAAAAAUAUUAAACAUUGAAAAACCUAAAACUCUGAAAACAUCGCAAAAUGAUAAAUUAUUUCUUAAAAAAACAAAACAAUUGAAUCUGCCAGGUCUAGGGAUGGUUUGACUAGACCUUGAUCAUACACAAAAAUUUGUUUAAAAAAAAUAGCAAAAUAGAAGAAAAUUGAAUUUCUGAAUUUGAAUGCAUUCCUCUGUUUUAUGUCAUUUUACUGUGUCAGUUCUCCGAUCAUCAGCCGUGUUCAGGAAGGUGGUCGCUGAGCUUUUUGAAAGGUGAUUUGUAUCGUAAACUACUGGCUGUAAUAAAUUCUCAUUCAAAAUUA